AUGGUCAGUAGCAGUAGUACUGUAUCAUCACCUGUAUUCUCUAAUGACAGCGGCGUCUUCUCAUCACCAACAAAAGGGAUAAAGCAGAAGGAGUUCCCGCCUCUCCCCCAGUCCAUUAACCACACAGAAUACGGCCCGCUGAGCAUGUCGCUCAUCAGCGUGGGCAUCGAGACUUAG